CACAAACACACGCACACACAUAAACACACACAUAAACACACAAACACGCACACAAACACACAAACACGCACACAAACACACACACACACAAACACACUUCCCUUUAAAUAUAAAGUGUUGCGAUGUUUGUCAGUUUUACAGCCUAAUAAAAGAGGGACAGAUGUGACGGGUUAAUAUUUAACCAGGAAACACAGACACACAGACACACACACACACACACAGACACACACACGCACACACACACCAAUAUUGAUCACACCAGGAAAUGUGACCGUGUUUUCGUCUCCUGGGGAAGUGGAGCAGCUCACAACAUCAACAAAAGUUACAAUCUUCGACUCACAGGCUCCGUCGCUUCCUGUCAUGGAUCUCCACAACAGCCUCCUCAGGAUCCUCGGCGGCUUCGGUCACCACGGCGACCGGGACACGCUCACUCUGAACGUGCUGUUGAUUGGCGAGAGGCAGAGUGGGAGGAGCUCCGUGGGAAACGCUCUGAUUGGUGGAGAGGAGUUCCAAACCGGCAUCGGCGUGACGACGGAGCACCAGCUGCUUAGCCGAAACUUCCAGAGUUUUUUCCGAAGACAGGGGGCGGAGUCAGACCUCACCCUGAGAGUGGUUGACACGCCCCCUAUUUUUCCCCGUCCACAGAACGUGCGUGAGCUCUGCCCCGAGGGCGUGCACGUGCUCGUGCUCGUUGCGAGAGCUGACCUGCUGCACGACAACACACACCUGGAGGAGCAGGUGGAGAUUCUCUUCGGUCCUGAAUGGCGCCGUCAGGCUUUGCUCGUUCUCACGCACGCCGACCACCUGAAGGAGGCGGGGCUUCAACCGUUGGACUACCUAACGCAGGCCAGCGAUUGGCUGAGAGCUUUGGCUCAAGAGGUGGGAGGAGGAGUCUCGUUCUUGGACAACACCCGCGAUUGGCCGUCAAUCAGGGGCCGGCCCCUGAGAGAACGGCUGCUCCGCCUCUCAGCCAGGAACCAUCACAGAGCGCUGACGGUCAGGACGGAGGUCUCACUCUGACUGACCUUCAGAGGAACUACAAGCUGGCUCAGGUGGGUUCUAGAUGAACCUCAUGGAAUAUAAAAUGUUCUUUAAUAGAACACCCUGGGUGGGUUCUAGAUGAACCCCAUGAAAUAUUAAAUGUUCUUUAAUAGAACACCCUGGAAGGGUUCUAGAUGAACCCCAUGGAAUAUUAAAGAGUAAACGGUUCCCUUUAUUAAAUUCUGCUGUGACAGAACCCUUCAUGGGUCUAGUUAGUACCUUUGUGUUAUAAAUUCAGGCUUUUAUUGGUCUCAGCUUCCGUUUACAGGAUGUGUUUCAGUUUUAUUUUCAACAUGUUGUGUUUUUAUACAUAAAAUAAUAACUCAAAAGCAGUUUAUAAACAACUCAAGGAAUCAGAUGAUUGUGUUUUAAAUGUUUUAAUUAAUAAACCACAGUGAUGUAA